AUGGGCAAAAAGCGACGUCUUGAAGAGGAUGACUCCGAGCGUGACCUGGCGUCCGCUGGGGUCCCAUCGUCUCUUGCGGCUAGUCGGCAACGACGCCUGAUCGUCAUUCUUGAAGAAGCUCAACUAGAAACUGUUAAAAUCGGCCGUAAUUUCGAGCUGCUGAACUCUGACGACCACGCGGGUUUUCUGCGGAAGAACGGCCGGGACAUCGGCUCGAGUCGACCAGACAUAGCGCACCAGUGCCUGCUGAUGCUCAUGGACAGUCCGCUGAACCGCGCCGGCCUCCUGCAGGUCUACAUCCACACUCAAAAGAACGUGCUGAUCGAGAUCAACCCGCAGACGCGCAUCCCGCGCACCUUCCGUCGUUUCUGUAACCUGUUUGUGCAGCUGCUGCACAAGAUGAGCAUUCGCGCGGAGGACGGCAAUAUGAAGCUCAUGAAGGUCAUCAAGAAUCCGGUUACAGAUCACUUGCCAGUGGGCAUCAAGAAGAUCGGUUUCUCAUUCAGUGCUACAAAGGUGGUGCGUCCUCGUGAAUUAGCACCUGACGAGGGCCCAGUGGCAGUAGUGGUGGGCGCUAUGGCCCACGGAAAGAUCCGCGCGGACUAUACGGAGGAGUUUGUCAGCAUCUCCAGCUACCCUCUUUCAGGUGCGCUGGCGUGCUCCAAGCUUUGUGAUGGUUUUGAGGAGGCUUGGGGCGUCCAGUGA